AUGUUAGAUGCUUUACUGCAAGAUCUUAAUCGAGUUCUUAAGAAGCAUUCUGAUGAGGUUCCCGAUUUUCAACAUGGUGACAGUGAUUUAGAAUUAAUCAAAUUGGCUGAAACUUGUUGGAACUUAUAUAGAGGAAGGAAUGAUGGUGUGAUUGUAGAUCUCUUUCAAGGAUAG